AUUUAAAAGUCAGGAAGAGAGGUGAAACGCUUCAAUGCGGAAGAUCUGACUUCACAGUGUACAGUAGACCGCGCUGAGGUUGCGCGCUAUUACUGGGCUUCCCUAGGUGUGAAUUGACACCUAAAGGUAAACAGAAUUAUCUGGAUGGACAUCGAUUGUAACAUAACUUCCUGCAAAAAAGUGACUGAAGUGGCGACACAUUUAGACUGGAUUGAUUUUUGGGGGCCCCAGUUCAGGAACCCGUGGCCCCUCGGACCGAGGGAAUAAACCCAACCCCGAACCGGGCUCGAUGCCUAAAGAGAGGCGGAGGUCGCUGAGAGAGGCGGCGUUAUCCCGGUUGUCUCCUAUUUGCGACGGAUCGGGCAGAGGAGGAGUAGGACGCGAAAGAAACUUUUCAUCCACCGAGAUUUGUGAUGAUCAGACACACAUGGCGGAACAGUACAGUGGGCGAGCGAGCUCAGACGCUAACCCGGUGAGAGAGUGCCAGGUGCCGCAGGUGACGAUCACUUCGGAUGGGGACUCGCGGGAGAUCACGCACGAUGACCUGGAGGAGGAGGGGGAGAUCGGACGACUGCGCCGUAAACUCUCAAACUCAUCCCUCUCUUCCAAUGGCUCCUCCACGGGGUUUGAAGAAUCGGAGGAUGACAUCCUCAGUGACAACGAGACCAAAAGCAAAGGGAUCGUGACGUUGGAGCAUUGCGGGGACUCUGGAGCAUUUGGAGAGUACAACAACACCAGGUGGAAGCUGAAGACCCUUGUCCAUUGCCAUUUGCUAACUUCACAUUCAAGGCGACUGCCAUGGGUUCAGUUGGCAGGCCAUGAAGGCAGCUUCAAAGCGGCAGAUGAAGGCUCCAUACUAAAAAAGUUCUCUGAGAAUGAGAAGAUGUGUUUCGAGUGGCUGAAAGAGGAUGCUUUAUAUUCCUUCGUGCCAAGCUACUAUGGAGUGGUGGACAGAGAUGGCGAGCUCUUUCUGAAAAUGAAAGACUUGCUGGCCGGCUUUGAGUCACCAAAUGUCAUGGACUGCAAGAUGGGAAUGAGAACAUAUCUGGAGGAGGAACUGGUACUGGCCAGGGUGAAGCCAAAAAUGCGUGAAGAUUUAUACAAAAAGAUGCUGGAUGUGGACAGUACGGCACCUACACCUGAGGAAAAAAACAAGCGGGCGAUAACAAAACCACGCUACAUGCAGUGGAGAGAAAGCGUCAGCUCUACUAACACACUUGGGUUCCGUAUUGAGGGCAUCAAGAGGGGUGACAACUGCAGCACAGACUUUAAAAGGACGCGGUCAAAAGAAGAUGUCACUGAAGUCUUCAGGGAUUUUGUCCAUGGAAAUAAAAACAUAAUCAAUUCAUAUAUUACAAGACUUGAGGAUAUUAAACAGGCUAUGAUGAAAUCAGAGUUCUUCAAAAAACACGAGGUCGUUGGAAGCUCACUGCUGUUCAUUCACAAUCACAAAGGCAGAGCCGAAGUCUGGGUCAUUGAUUUUGGUAAAACCAUUCCUCUCCCAGAAGGACAGAUCUUGGAUCACUACAAACCCUGGGCGGAGGGCAACCGAGAGGAUGGAUACUUAUGGGGCUUUGACAACCUGUUGCAGAUUCUUGCAUCACUGGCCAGAGAAUAGUCUUACUGACUUCCCAUUGCAAACUUUUGCCCUACUGUGACAGGACGGAUAAUGAUAAUAGACAUUUACAGUACAAACCUUUGUGGUGCAUUAUGGGGAGGCAUCAUUGUGUAAAAAAAAAAUUAUUACUUUACAGUAUUAAGCUGUAAAAGCAUUUCACUGUCAGAACAUAAUCAUGGCUUUGAAAACUCAAAUUUGUCCUUAGUAUUGCAAUAUAUCUUUAACAUAUUGUCUGUAAUUGUGUGCAUUUUAUGUGCUCUGCCUGUCAAAACUUUGGACACACAAACUGAAGUAUGGAAAUUAUGCUGCGAUCAAAACGGUAUUGAAACACGUUAUACUUUAUCUUUAAAAAUGUGUCUUCUUUACAGCUCUGCACCAUCUUAGCAUUUAACCCCUAUGACACUCAAACUUAAUAAUAAGGUGCAUGCUGGAAUACUUCUACAGUAUUUGAGUUUGGUAGUCACCUGAUGGCUACUUUACAUUAUUAAAAAUAGUUUUGUAGAAAAUUCAUACAUAGCGUAGCUCAAAAACAAAAUUUUGUGGUGUGCGUCCAAAUGUUUGGGUGGUAGUGUACAUGUUGAAACCUGUCAAAAGAUUGAUUAAUAUCAAUUCUGUUCACUUUGUGUACACUCUAAUGUGGACAAACCCAACCACGGGUUGAAACAAGCCAGCAUUUUUUUAACAUUGUGAAACAAACUCGUAAGAACAAUUGGUUUUAUGCAGCAUUGCUAGAUGUCUAUGCCCAACCAACACUAGUCAAACAACUGAUUUACAAACUUAUAGUAUACACAAACUAGUGGGAGGGUGGGAGUGCAAAUACAAAUUUUGGUUACAUUUUAUUUUACGUGUCACUGUUGCAGUGUCAUACAUUAUAAUAUAUAUACAUUUGAUUACUAUAGGGUUGGGGUUUGGUUUUGGUUAGCUGCAUGUUAUAUUACUAUAGUAAUUGACAUGUAACAUGUGGAACAAAGACACCAUAAAAUAGUGUUUCCCAAUUCACAAUAUGUUUGAUGAUAUUUAAUGCUUUGACACUGCAGUAAUCAAUCAAGGGUGGUGUUACAGGUUAUUCUUUUGAUGAUUACACGGGUGUAUUGUAUAGGUGUUAUGUAUGAAGAUCUGGGUCGCAAUCUUUCUGCACAUCAGAAAGUUUUUAUUUUAUUUUAUGGCUCACACAAACUUAACCUUGUGACACUAUUUUAUAUUGGAGUGGGUGAGUUUUGUUAUAGUGUUCAUUGGGCAGUAGGUUUAUGACAAUAAAACGUCUGCUCAAAAAUCACUUGGUAUUUUUUUCAGCAAAGGAACCAGAAGUUAAACAAGAAAGUUUGGGUAUCAUAUUUCAGAUUUUUUUAGUAGCUUAUUUAUUAUCACAAAUAGUAGUUGAAAACCUUUAAUUUAAGAUUUGCUUUUUACUCAGCAACAUUCACAAUAAACACAAUAAGAUUUA